AUGAUAUCAAGCGUCAGCCCGAUCCUCAGCAGGGCGUCUUUUGUAUCGUCUUGUAAUACCUCCGCCACGUUUCUUGCUUCGAUAACCGCCCGGCGACAUUUCGCAAAACCCUUCGCCGCUGUCGUCCUUGCCAACUCGAAGUACCCUCGACCGUCUUCGGCCAUUCUUGCUGCACCGUUUGCACGCCCGGCGACAUUGACAUUUUCGACUCGACUCCCUUCCCAACCUGUCCUAGUUCGUCGCUUCUCCUUUGCCAUGUCAUCGCACGCUGAAGCUCGACCCAAACGACGAACCAGCCCUAUUUCCGCCAUAGAGAGGCCGAAGAAACAGCUCAAGCAAGAGAAUGGCGUGCCGACGCCCGGGGAUGUCACUCCGCAGAAUGGUUCGGUCUAUGAUAUUGAGGCCAACUCGAAUUCGCUGCCCAUCAUAAACACUGUUUCGGGCGCAGGCGACUCCCCCGAGUGGCAGGCUACAAUAGAAAGAGUGAUCAAGAGUGUGGUGUCGAUACAUUUCUGCCAGACGUGCUCCUUUGACACCGAUCUUUCUACGUCGAGUCAAGCCACGGGCUUUGUGGUGGAUGCCGAAAAUGGCUACAUCUUAACAAAUCGUCACGUCGUCUGUGCGGGACCGUUCUGGGGGUAUUGUGUGUUUGACAAUCACGAAGAAUGCGACGUGCGACCUGUCUAUCGCGAUCCUGUCCAUGAUUUUGGCAUCCUCAAGUUUGAUCCCAAGGCCAUCAAGUACAUGCAAGUGCAAGCCUUGAAACUCCAGCCCGAGUCCGCCCGUGUUGGUGUGGAGGUUAGGGUUGUGGGAAAUGAUGCUGGCGAGAAACUCAGCAUCUUGUCUGGUGUCAUCAGUCGACUGGACCGCAACGCUCCAGAGUAUGGCGAAGGUUAUAGCGACUUCAAUACGAAUUACAUCCAAGCCGCUGCCGCAGCCACGGGUGGAAGUUCUGGCAGUCCCGUGGUCAAUCUGAGUGGUAACGCGGUUGCUCUGCAGGCAGGCGGCCGUGUGGAUGGCGCUGCCACCGACUACUUUCUGCCGCUCGACCGGCCCUUGCGGGCCUUGCAGUGUCUCCAAGAGGGGCAACCUAUUACCCGGGGCACGAUUCAGACCCAGUGGGUGCUGAAACCCUUUGACGACUGCAGGAGACUGGGGUUGACACCCAACUGGGAAUCCGCGGUACGGAAGCACUUUCCCAACGAGAACAGCAUGCUCGUGGCCGAGAUUGUCCUGCCUGAAGGUCCUGCGGAUGGAAAGAUACAAGAAGGGGACGUUCUCAUCAAGGUGAACGGAGAACUCUUGACGUCCUUUGUCAAGCUCGAUGCCAUCCUGGAUUCGAGCGUAGGGGGAAAGGUGGAUCUUUUGUUCCAGCGUGGAGGAGAGGAUAUGGAGGUCACACUGGACGUGCAUGAUUUGCAUGCAAUAACCCCUGAUCGAUUUGUCACAGUGGCUGGCGGUAGCUUUCACAAUUUGUCUUAUCAACAAGCGCGAUUAUAUGCUAUUGCUUGUAAAGGCUUGUAUGUGUGCGAAGCCGCAGGCUCGUUCAAGCUGGAGAGUGCCCUGUCGGGAUGGAUCAUUGAUACGGUUGACCAGAAACCCACCCCGGAUCUGGAUACAUUUAUCGAAGUCAUGAAAACAAUUCCUGACCGCGCGCGAGUUGUCAUUUCCUACCGGCACAUUCGAGAUCUCCAUACCCGAGCCACGAGCAUUGUCCACAUUGACCGUCACUGGCACCCGAAGAUGAGGUUGGCCAUCAGGAACGACCAGACUGGACUUUGGGAUUUUGAAGACCUGGGCAAACCUCUCCCGGCCGUGCCCCCCGAGCCCAAGUCGGCAGAUUUUAUCCAGCUCGACGGAGUUAAUCUACCCGCAGCUGGCGAAAUUGUUCGGUCAUUUGUCAAGAUAUCAUGCUACAUGCCGGUCAAGAUCGACGGCUAUCCCCAGGCCCGGCGGACAGGGUUCGGGCUGGUGUUUGACGCGGAGAAAGGGUUGGUGGUGGUCUCCCGAGCAAUCGUGCCGUACGACCUCUGCGACAUCACGGUGACUGUGGCAGAGUCGGUUCAGAUCGAGGGCAAAGUGGUCUUCCUUCAUCCGCUGACCAACUAUACCGUGAUUCAGUAUGACCCGAAGUUGGUGGAUGCACCUGUGCAGUCGGCCAAGCUGUCGACGGACAUGGUCAAGCAAGGUGCCGAUACGAUCUUUGUUGGGUUCAAUCAGAAUCACCGGAUAGUCGUGGCCAAGAGCACCGUGACCGACAUCACCUCUGUGGGAAUACCGGCUAACGCGGCUGCUCCUCGAUAUCGCGCCGUUAACCUUGAUGCCAUUACAGUCGACACCGGCCUGUCGGGCCAGUGCGCGUCCGGUGUGCUCAUGGGUGCGGACGGCGUUGUACAAGCUUUGUGGCUUACAUACAUGGGCGAGCGGAGCCAAGGGAGCCACCGGGACACUGAGUAUCAUCUUGGGUUGGCCAGCAGCAUGAUCACCCCUGUGCUGGACCAGAUCAAGAGUGGCGUUAUCCCAAAGCUGCGAAUCCUCAACAUGGAGACGUAUGUGGUGCAGAUGGCACAAUGUCGGAUCAUGGGAGUGUCAGAAGAAUGGAUCAAGAAGGUGGCCAAAGCCAACCCGUCUCGGCAUCAGCUGUUCAUUGUUAGGAAAGUGGACUGCGGACCAGCCAACGGGCCCCAUGAUGGGCAACUGUUGCAGGAAGGGGACAUCAUCCUCACCCUUAACGGUCAACUCAUCACACGUGUCUCCGACUUCGACAUCAUGUACGAUAAAGAAUGGCUGGACGCGCUGGUCGUGCGGAAAGGACAGGAGGUUCUCUUACGGGUGCCGACUGUACCAACACAGGAUCUGGAGACAUCUCGGGCUGUCAUCUUUUGCGGAGCCGUUCUUCAAAAGCCUCACCACGCGGUGCGGCAACAAAUCAGCAAGCUGCACUCGGAGAUAUAUGUCAGCGCUCGAAGUCGAGGAUCGCCAGCGUACCAAUAUGGCCUGGCGCCAACCAACUUUAUCACCCACGUCAACGGGGUCAAGACGCCAGACCUCGAUACCUUUGUCAAGGAAGUCAGCAAGAUUGAAGAUAACACCUAUUUCCGACUGAGGGCCAUGACCUUCGACAACGUGCCGUGGGUGGUGACGAUGAAGAAGAACGAGCACUAUUUCCCCAUGUCCGAGUAUGUCAAAGAUGACAGCAAGCCUACAGGAUGGCGAGUGAUCUCCUACAGCGGCAAGGGCAAGCAAGCUGGCGGCAAACAUGAUGGAGCGCCCAUCACAGCCGAGGGCAUGGAUGAAGAGGCGGGCGCAAGUGAGGGUGACGGGGACGAGGCACCAGAUGCACGAGCACAGCCAAUAGGUCUUCAACACUGGGAGGUUGAGCCUUAG